GCCGCGGCCGCAGCAUCGCGGCGUGGUGUGCGGGAUGGAGCCCUGGAAGCAGUGCGGGCAGUGGCUGAUCAGCUGCAAGGUGCUGCCUCCCAACCACCGGGUGACCUGGGACACGGCCCAGGUCUUCGACCUGGCCCAGACGCUGCGCGACGGCGUCCUGCUCUGCCAGCUCCUCAACAACCUGCGCAGCCACUCCAUCAACCUCAAGGAGAUCAACCUGCGCCCGCAGAUGUCCCAGUUUCUUUGCUUGAAGAACAUAAGGACUUUUCUUUUGGCAUGUUGUGAAAUAUUUGGGAUGAAGAAAAGUGAACUUUUUGAAGCAUUCGAUUUGUUUGAUGUGAGAGAUUUUGGAAAGGUGAUAGAAACACUUUCAAAACUUUCUCGCACUCCUAUUGCACUAGGCACGGGAAUAAGGCCCUUCCCUACAGAAGAAAGCAUUGAUGAUGAAGAUAUCUACAAAGGUCUUCCUGAUUUAAUAGAUGAAACUGGUGUUGAUGAAGAUGAGGAGUUGUAUGAUUGCGUCUAUGGAGAAGAUGAAGGUGGGGAGGUUUACGAAGACCUAAUGAAAGAUGAAGCAGCACAGCAACCUAAAUAUACUGAGAAUGACAUAAGAAGCUGUUGUCUUGCUGAAAUAAAGCAAACGGAAGAGAAAUACACUGAAACUCUGGAAUCGAUAGAGAAAUUUUUCAUGGUGCCAUUGAAAAGAUUUCUGUCAGCAUCAGAAUUUGAUACUGUUUUCAUCAACAUUCCUGAUUUAGUGAAAAUUCACAGGAAUCUGACAGAGGACAUCAAUGAUUCCAUUGUUAACAAAAAUGAUCAGAACCUAUAUCAAAUUUUUAUUAACUACAAGGAAAGAUUGGUUAUUUAUGGACAGUAUUGCAGUCAAGUGGAGAUAGCAAUAUCAUGCUUAGACAACAUCUCUAAAACAAAAGAGGAUGUUAAACUGAAGCUGGAGGAAUGUUCCAAAAGGGCCAAUAAUGGGAAAUUCACAUUGCGGGAUCUUUUAGUGGUUCCAAUGCAGAGAGUGCUAAAAUAUCAUCUACUGCUCCAGGAGCUGGUAAAGCACACUACUGAUCCCAUGGAUAAGGCAAAUCUAAAACUGGCACUUGAUGCAAUGAAGGACCUGGCUCAAUACGUCAAUGAAGUGAAGAGAGAUAAUGAAACACUUCGUGAAAUUAGACAGUUUCAAUUAUCAAUAGAGAAUUUGAAUCAUUCCCUCUUGCAGUAUGGAAGACCUCAAGGUGAUGGGGAAAUAAGGAUAACUACGUUAGACAAACGUGCAAGGCAAGACAGGCAUAUCUUCUUGUUUGAUCUAGCUGUAAUUGUUUGCAAACGGAGAGGUGAUAAUUAUGAAAUGAAGGAAAUAAUAGAUCUUCAGAAAUACAAAAUUACAAAUAACCCCACUACUGAUAAAGAAAAUAAGAAGUGGUCUUAUGGCUUCUACCUCAUUCAUAUCCAAGGUCAAAAUGGUCUAGAAGUUUAUUGCAAAACUAAAGACUUGAAGAAAAAAUGGCUAGAACAAUUUCAGAUGGCUCUGUCAAAUAUACGUCCAGACUAUGCGGAUACGAGCUUUCAUGAGUUCAAAAUGCAUACCUUCAGUCGGGUGACCUCUUGCAAGGUCUGCCAAAUGCUUCUGAGGGGAACGUUUUAUCAAGGCUAUUUAUGUUCUAAAUGUGGAGCUGGAGCACACAAAGAGUGUUUAGGAAGAUUAGACAAUUGUGGCAGAGCUAAUUCAGGUGAACACGGGAACUUGAAACACGAGAAACGAACAAAUGGAAUUAGAAGAAACUCCAGACACGUGGACCCAGGCUUACCAAAAAUGCAAGUAAUUCGAAACUACGAUGGAAUACCCCAGCCAGCAACACAAGAUGGCCCACCAUUGCACAUCCAGAUUGGGGACACUAUUGAACUAAUUAAAGGAGAUGCACAUAGCUUGUUUUGGCAGGGCAGAAAUCUAACAACAGGAGAGCUUGGGUUCUUUCCAAGUGAUGCAGUAAAACCUAGCCCAUGUGUUCCUAAACCAGUAGACUACUCUUCACAACUGUGGUUUGCGGGAGCAAUGGAAAGAUUGCAAGCAGAGAGUGAACUUAUUAACAGAGUAAAUAGUACUUACCUGGUGCGGCACAGGACCAAAGAGUCAGGAGAAUAUGCAAUUAGUAUUAAGUACAACAAUGAAGUGAAACACAUAAAGAUUUUAACAAGAGAUGGCUUCUUUCACAUUGCAGAAAACAGAAAAUUUAAAAAUUUAAUGGAACUUGUAGAGUACUAUAAGCACCACUCUCUCAAAGAAGGCUUUCGAAGUUUGGAUACUACUCUUCAAUUUCCAUACAAAGAAACGGAAAACUUGGUGGGACAAAGGAGUAGCAGAUUAGCUGGCAACUCCCCUUCUUUGUUCUGUGGGUUUUCUUUUGUAACUCCUCCAGACUACAGCUUUGUUCCCCCUUCCUCCACUCCUUUCUGGUCAGUGCUAAGCCCCAAGGUGAUAGGCAUUGCCAUAGCCAGGUAUGACUUCUGUGCAAGAGACAUGAGAGAACUGUCCUUAUUGAAAGGGGAUGUUGUAAAAAUUUAUACGAAGAUGAGUGUGAAUGGCUGGUGGAGAGGUGAAGUAAAUGGAAGGGUGGGCUGGUUUCCAUCAACUUACGUUGAAGAGGAUGAAUGAAUUACAAACUUUCCUCUGCUGACCAGCAGUUUCAGGGAUUUAAAAAAUUUAGUAUCUUCAAAGUGUUAUUGGUCUUGUUAAGUAUUUAAACAGCAGCAUUUUGUCUUGUCUGAACCUUCCAGUCUUAAUGUUUGGAUUUAUACCGAAGUUUGUGCUGGCAGAUUAUCACCUUGCCCAGAGCUGUGCAAGAAACAACCUGCCAGUUUGCCAUCACUGGAGAUGAGUACAAAGUCCUACACUCACCUUUGCAGAAGAUCUGUAAAAAAAAAAUUCUGUAUGUUCCUUUUCAUUUCACCCUGUAUUACACCAUGAAUACUAGCUAUGGCUGAAUAUUUAAUAAGUCUGUCUUCUUCUUGCUGACAUUGUUAAUGGUCCAAGGAGACGAAGGCUUAUUAUUCCUUACUGCUGCAUGCAGAAAACAGAGUCAUUCCAGUGGGCAUAGUCAGUGGACUUGUCUGGAAACAUCAAAGAACUUUGCUUAUCACUUUACAAACAGUUUACACUCACAAAAGCAUUCUGAAGGAAACAUGAAUACUAAAUGUGAAUAGCAUUCAUACAUGUAUAAUUAACUAACUAAUUUGAGGUCCUGUGUAAGUCCUCUAAAAUUUAUUUAAAGACAACAUUUUAGAAAGGGAUAGUGAUGUGAUACUGCUUUGAAAAUCAUCCCCGAAUUGGAAUUGUUGGAAAACCUAUUUGGUCAUCCCAAGUCUUUUUUUGUAGGCUUUUUAUUUAAGCAGCUGACCACAGAAGUGCAACAGAGGAUUGUCAUGAUGAGAGAUGAGUUUUAACACUUUCAAGCAUUACCAUUAAAUAAAUAUUGUAGAGCUAUGUUCUCUAGGACAAUAUAGUAAUGUAAGAUGAUACUGGUUUUCAAGAACAGAACUGUUUAUCUUUACCUCUUGAUUGAUUCGGAUGAACUUUGAUCCUUCCAACUGUAAGCUGCAUUUUCCUGGUUAAACAGGAGUUUCCAUCACCUUUUGUACUCUUGUAAUACAAAGGGAACUUGCAGAUUUGCUUGUGUCCUUUCCUUUCUUGUUCCUUCAAAAGGUAACAGCAGCUCAAUGAGGGAGUGAUCUUGCUGCAGUAUUAUGAACAUCCCCAAGGAAAUAUAUCUCUAGAUUAGCUGGCUUAAAACAUCAGGCCUUGUAAAGUGAUGUAUACCUCUUGGUAAGGCAAUGUUAUAAUAUAUUUAUGGAGGAUCAGAAGUACUGUAGUUAAAAGCUUGAACUAAAUGUGAGUCAUGUUUUCAGAUAUGCAGUUUUGAAUAGUUACGUAAUGUCUAACCUGGCUUAAAAACUUCUAUGAAAAUAAAGCUCUUAAAUGCAUCUUCUUUCUAGGGUAGUGUUGACCUAUCAAGAAAGUUAAUUCCUCCUGUCCCACAUUCUCUUUUUCUUUUCCUGUCCUCUUUCACAUAGGCAUCUUGGAAUUAGUGUGCAUAGGCACUGCGUGAUUUUACACCACAGUUUUCCCCACUCAAUAAGCAACAUAAUAUCCAGAAUCUGCUGGUAUAUAUUUCAGAUUCUUUUUGACUGUCCCCAGUGCUCUUUGCUUUUUUCUGGCCUACUUCUGGCCAUCAGGAAGAAUCAGGGGCAGUACAGAGGAUGUAUAAUAAUCCCUAUUGUCUCUGCAGCCAUCUGCUACACCUAGCACACACUGCUGUAUGACAAGGUGAAAAAGAGGAUCUUCUAAUUAGAAAUCAUCCACUGGUAAGACUCAGCUUUGCAGGGAAGCUCUGCUGAGGCUCUAGCUUUUCAAGGUUUUACCUCAAAAUUGUGUAAACUGUGAUUGUGUUGAGUACAUUACUUGAUGGAACAAUUGAGAGCAUUUGUAAAUAUGUAGAUUAUGCAUAAAACAUAUUUUGUAAAUGAUGUGUACAGCAGUGUAGGCUAGGGCAUAUUGUCUUUGAUCAUGUUUUGCCAUGUGGUUUUAUUGUCUGUUGUGAGCUUGAUCCUAUAUUCCUUAAGUAGACAAAGUUGAUUCUUUCACAGUUUUGCCUGCUCAAGGGGUAAAGGAGUAGGCUCUAGGCCCAUGAAGUUGUUAGUGCUUUGCUGUCAUGUAAAUCUGAAAAGAGAGGUUAAUUCAAUACGAGUUGAGAAAUGCAUCGCUCAUUUUCAACAGCUUGGUUUUAGAAUAGUUUUCAGUAGUCUCUCCAUCCUAAAGCUCUUGUUAAGCUUUUAAGCAAUUUCCGAGUCUAGUAGUCACUCUUUGGGAAGAAUGAAAGCCAUAGCUAAACUUACUUUUGUGGCAUAAAUCAACAUGUGUUUAAUGCCCUGUAUUGGUUGAGUUAAUGCUGUGUUUUAAACUGUAUUUUGAGUACCAAAGACUUCCUAAAUAUUCUGGAGUAUCUCUUCCAUGUGCUGCUUAUGCUAUAUGGAGUUUUUGUUGUUAUGCAAUAACUGGUGUUACAGUAGUUUAACUUGUACCAUUUUGUAAAUAUGUUAAAUAUAAUAACUUUUUGGUUAUGAA